AUGGUUGUAGCUAAAGAUGGUUGUAGCUUCGGAGAACUGGAUUCAGGGAACGGGCGGCGGCUCCACUUAGGGAUUCCUGAGGCUGUGUUUGUGGAAGAUGUGGAUUCCUUCAUGAAACAGCCUGGGAAUGAGACUGCAGAUACAGUACUAAAGAAACUGGAUGAACAGUACCAGAAGUAUAAGUUUAUGGAACUCAACCUUGCUCAAAAGAAAAGAAGGCUUAAAGGUCAGAUUCCUGAAAUUAAGCAGACUUUAGAAAUUCUAAAAUACAUGCAGAAGAAAAAAGAGUCCACCAAUUCACUGGAGACCAGAUUCUUACUGGCAGGCAACCUGUAUUGCAAAGCUUCGGUUCCUCCUACUGAUAAAGUGUGUCUGUGGUUGGGGGCUAAUGUAAUGCUUGAAUAUGAUAUUGAUGAAGCUCAGGCAUUGUUGGAAAAGAAUUUAUCAACUGCCACAAAGAAUCUUGAUUCUCUUGAGGAAGACCUUGAUUUUCUUCGAGAUCAAUUUACUACCACCAAAGUCAAUAUGGCCAGGGUUUAUAAUUGGGACGUAAAAAGAAGAAACAAAGAUGAUUCUACCAAGAACAAAGCAUAAUUCUGGCAGUGAAAAAUGUGAUUCGG